UAUGUUAUUUUCUGUGUUAAAUUUGUUAAUUGGGAAAUGGCUUUAAUUAAGGGGAAGCUGUCUGAAAUCCCUUCGGACGCGGUGUUGCUUUCGGAGAAGGAAGCUGUGGAGUAUCAGGUAAAACUGAUAAGGAACUGGAGAUACCCGAUGGAUGUGUUUGCAUUUAAGUAUGGAGCAUGUCUUUUAGCUUCGAGCAGCGCUGCAGCUGGUAUCUAUAUGAAUAGCCAUUACCGGAUGAAAUUCAAGCUGCUGCAUUACGGAAGGGUUUCUUCUUACAUGCCCAUUGUGCUUCUGCCGGCUGCUCUAUCUCUCAUUUUACACACCGAGGCUGUACUUCCCAAAUUAACGUUGGGCGUCUCAUGUCCCACUUGCAUUGAGUUGAGGGCCGCCUCUUUGCAAGCAGCCUUCGGCGGUAUUAUGCCACCUGUCCUGGGAGUUCUCUCCUCAGUGGCCCUAGCCGUUCAAUAUGGAACUUACAACGUUCCUUAUGUCACCAGAGAACCUUUGAAGGUGUUGCAGAUCGUAACCAAGAUGACCAAACCAAUAUCGACAACCAUAUUCGGUAUUAUAUUAGGACAGGCGGCUCUGGCGAUGGGCGUGACCUAUUUCGAGGCAAAAUCCGUGCACACGGUGAACAGGAAAUUGGACCAAUGGGAACGCGAGUUUGAGCAAAACGGAGAUAAAGCACCGCCCCUCUCCCCAUAGCACUCUUAACGUAAAAAGGUAUUUAUACAGUAGAAGUAAUUUAUUAUAAAAUAAUAAAACGUAAUUUAUUAAUAAAAUCGUGUGUUCGGUUUUUUUUUUAUCCAUACCAUCAUUUUCUCGCACAUUUUGAGAUCCUACUACACAUCGUAACACCCAAUUAUAAUCUAAUAUACAUAUCGUAUUUUUUUUUUGUCUACUUUUCUUUUAUUUAGUUUUUUUUUUGUUUGUCUUCUAAACUAAAAACAUCGAGAGAACAAUAAACAAUAAUAUAUAUGAAAUCGUUAAGAGUACACAGUAAUAUUUAAGGUUGAACAAUCAGUAUAACUAUUUUUUUUGUUUUGGAAAUUCGGUUUUCGAAGUCAAAAGGGAAACGUUUGUGUUUU